AUGAGUACACCCUCUGCACAGUGGCGUCAAUUCAGUUUCUUCUCCCAAACAGCCAUCCGGGACCAUCAUGCGCCUUCGCUUGGUGCACCGGAGAUGCUGCGGCAGCCCGCGCUCAUCUCGACCCUCAACGCCGGACCGACGCCGUCCUCCUCCUCCUCGGCAGGACCUUCCUCUGCCCCUGGAUACAACCUUGCCGCCCAGGAUGAGGAAGAGGAUCUGGUCCUCGUCGCUGAUUUGGAUGGGAACGUGCAUGCCUUGUCGGCCGAUUACGAGGUCGUGAGGACGUGGUCGGCUUAUGGACCGGGGGGGAGGUGCAGCCUCAUCCAGACCGUCAGGAAUUGGAAAGGCAUCGUCGUCACAAUCGGAGUGAGUGAAACAACGAGAGACAGUGUGUGUCAGUAAUGGGAGGCUAACGUGACGAUCCCGUUUGCGUAGGAGGAAUCCGCAUCCCCCUUCCCCGUGCUCAAAAUUUGGUACCUCUCGCGAACACGUUCCUCCUUCCCCGAGUCGAUGCCGGCCCUCCUACGCUUGGCCCGCAUCAACCCUUCAUCGCGACCUCACCCCGUCUCUGCACUGUCUGUAUCCCCAGGCAUGGUCUACAUCAUCCUCGGUCUCGCAGACGGCACCGUCGUCGCGUUCAAGCACGUCGAUCAACUCGUCGAAGCUUCGCUCGCUUCCGUCGUUGCCGCAGUCGCGUCGAGUGGCGGUAACGCCGCCAAUGCCGCAGCUGUGCUGGGUCUUGGGAAAUUGAGGACUUUGUAUUCGGGCAAAGAGCCCAUCACCGGGUUGGGGUGCACGCGCACGUAUUCGAGUCCGACCCCUUCGAGUUCAGGCAAGAAAUCGAUCCCUUCUUCCGUGACACUGUUCAUCCUCACCACGGAACAGAUCCUAUCCUAUCCACUCUCGGCACCUUCUUCACGAACCUCUUCGACGGUAGCGACUCCAUUGGAUGGGAUGGGGGCGAACGUUGGGUGUUCGGCUGUGAUUCGUCUGCAGGCGGGGGAGAAGAUCGUCCUUGCUAGGGAGGAGGCGAUCUACGUCUAUGGCCCGGAGGGCAGGGAGAAUUGUUUUGCUUACGAAGGUGAGUCGUGAAGCACGUUGAGAACCGGUACAUGGAGGAAUAUGAUUUGAUUCCGGUGUGUUUCCACCGACCCACAGGUCCCAAAUCGUCAAUACGCGUGCUCUCGUCCGCCAUCUCGGCGGUCCCGACAGGCUCGACCCGAUCAACCUACCUUGCGAUCGUUUCACCUCCCCUCGUCGCCUCGAGCGCAUCAGCAUCCGCAACUAUCCGCAACUAUGCCAGAAUGUCAGCCGCAAAUGCCGCAGCCUCCUCUUCGUCAUCACCUACGAAUGGCUCGAGCUCGGCCGAUGUGGCCAAAGUGACGAUUUUCGAUCCGGAGAACAAGUUCGUCGCUUAUUCGGGCACGUUCGAAGAAGGCGUCAGGGACGUAUGGGAGGCAUAUGGUGCUGUUUGGGUGUGGACCGAAGGAGGGAAGGUAUGCCCGUGCAAGGCAUGUCCGUUUUGUGAGGCAUAUGCUGACUGUUGAACUUCAACGAUGGACAGCUGUUCCGCCUGUCCGAACAGCCCCUCCAAUCGAGCCUCGCAACCAUGUACGGCAAGAACCUAUACACGCUCGCCAUCUCGUUGGCGCAGUCCCGAAAAGUCGGCGCUUCAGAGGUCGCGGAAAUCUAUCGCAGGUUGGUGUGCCUUUGCUGUGCUGUUCUGUCGCCCCCUCUUGGUGCUGACUCAAGCUUCUGGGUGACAGGUACGGCGAUCACCUCUACAGCAAGAGUGACUUUGAGGGCUCGAUGAGCUGUUAUCUCAAGACGGUUGGCUCGGUACAAGCGAGCUAUGUCAUCCGAAAGGUAGGCUCUCAUCAUUCACAACCUCCUAGGUCCGCGUUGACGACCAAUACUCCGCGCACAGUUCCUCGACGCGCAGCGGCUGUCGCAUCUGACGUCGUAUUUGCAAGAACUGCACGCCCGCGGUCUCGCAAACUCGGAUCACACAACUUUGCUCCUCAACUGCUACACCAAGCUCGCCGACGACACGGCUCUAUCUUCCUUCCUCCACUCUUCCUCCGAUUCGUCAAAACCCACCCCGAAGUCUUCAUCGACGGACCCUUCGGUUUCCACCUCCGUCGCCGACGAACCCCCCUUUGAUCUCGAAACGGCGAUCCGAGUCUGUCGUCAAGCUGGCUACUUCACCCAUGCCUCUUGGCUCGCAUCGCGCUACCAAGCUCACCAACACUACCUCCGCAUUCAGAUUGAAGAUGUCGAGAACAUUGGCGACGCGCUCGAUUACGUGCGUCGGUUGGAUUCUGAGAUUGCGAGGGACAGUCUAGUCAAGUACGGCAAGAGUCUGUUGGGUAAGGAACCAAGCAGGACGACGGAGGUUUUGAUCGAUCUGUGUUGUGGGACGUUGGCCAAGGGCGGUGGGGGAGAAGACGGAGGGAAAGAUCAGAAUGGUGGGGUUGGCAAGGAGGAAAAGCAGAGUGGGGGCAAGAGUUACAUGAGCUAUCUCGCCUAUGGGACAUCGGCGGAACCAGCCCCUCCUCCACCUCCCGCGGCUACGACGUCGAAAGCGAACGGAUCCCGGAUACGAGAGGGAUCUUCACAAACUUACCCUAGUACGGCUCCGGCCGUGCGUCAGGACGAUGCCGCAUCCACGUCUGUGCAUCCCUCCUCCCCUCUCCCAAUGGAAGUCACCGCCGCCCUCCCCGCCCCUCGUCAAUUCUUCGCCCACUUUGUCGAUCACACGACCGAAUUCAUUCGAUUCCUCGAGACCGUAGCCGAACGACGAUACGGUCGCAAGUUGACCGGUUCCUCGCAACCUUCUUCGUCGGACCCGUUACCUGAACCCCAAAGUCUCGGGGCGAAGGAGAUGAUGCCCGAUGACUCGAGGGACGAACAGGCGAUUUGGAACACCCUCCUCGAACUGUACCUCUCUCCAUCCCCAACAAUAUUGACGACAGGAUCGGCAGAAGGGAAAGCGAAGGUCUCGCAAGAGGAAUUGCGGUUGCAGGCAAAGGCGUUGCAGUUGCUCAAUUCGAGGGGACGCAUCCCUUACGAUGAGACGCAGGCUUUGCUUGUGUGUUCGACGAGGGGAUUUGAACAGGGGUUGAUAUUGCUGUAUGAGCAUUUAGGGUUGUACGAGGAUAUCGUACGGUGUGAGUCAUUCCUGGUCUCAAGUGGACGAGAAGGAGGCAACCAUGUUGACGAUGCGAGACUUUGCUUCUGGAUGUACAGAUUGGAUCGAAGCGUCGAGCACCAACACCGUGCCCAGCUCAAAAGUCAUCACGGCCUUACGACGCUACGCCUCCUCGCGAUCAACCCGACCCCGCGCGCCGUUGUACAAAAUGGUUCUUCGACACCUCACCUCGUCCCCUUCACUCCUGCCCCGACAUACCCAAGACGUGCUCGAUCUCUUGGACGAGAUCGAUCGAGACGCCAUCUUGCCCCCGAUCAGUGUGGUACAGCUGUUGAGCAGGGGCGGUGAAAGUGGGGCUAGUAUCGGUUUGGUCAAGUCGUAUUUGAAAAAGAGGUUGGCCAAGGAACAACAAGAAGUCGAUGCCGUAAGUCUCUUCGAACCCCAAACCUGCCUAUUCCAACCAUUGACCCCCCCCCCCCCCCCCUCUCCCAUCGACGUCACAGGACCAAGCCUUGAUCAAAUCCUAUCGCGUCGAAUCGAAUCGCAAGCGCAAAGAGAUUCAAGAACUCUCCGACCCCCAAACGCCGCGCAUCUUCCAAGUCACGCGUUGCUCAGCGUGUGGUGGACAAUUGGAUCUCCCCGCCGUACAUUUCAUGUGUCGUCAUUCGUAUCAUCAAAGGUGCGCAAUCGCGAAGCUGGGAGUUCCAAGAAGGGAGUUGCAUCUGACUCCUGAUCCGCUCUCUCCAUCACCACACAGAUGCCUAGGCGAAUCCGAAUCGACCUGCCCGUCGUGCGCGCAACAACACGGCAUGAUCCGCGAACUCCGUCGCGCGAACGAGGCCUUGGCUUCCCAACACGAAAUCUUUCUCGCUGAAGUUGAGGAGGCGGAAGGCGAUCAGGGGUUUAGGUUGAUUGCGAAUGCGUUUGGGAAGGGUUUGAUGGGGUUGAGUUUGGAGGAGGGUGGGGCGGGGAAAUAA